GUGCGUUUUGAAAGGUUGUAUUUAUCUCGCUAACGUCACUUUACAGGAGUACAUUGGCGGAGUGAUAACAUCAGAAGUCACUGUCGGAGCCACGCAUCCUCAUACUGACUGAGUUCAAAGAAGGUCUUGUUCUGUCCUGUCCGGGACAGGGUACGGCGGCAUACACCCAAUGCAUGGAAUGGAGUUCAUAUAUCUCGGAUCCCCCACAAAUGCAACGUGACAGUUCUAAACGUUUAAUUCAAGGUCAAUAUUGGACUUCGAUCAGAUGUAACCGCUGACAUUAUUGAAGAUAUUUAUCUUCUUGUGGAACCGGAAUUGUAUGAGCAGCAUCUUUUUCCCGGUCGGCGGUGAGCAAUGACAUCUUUCACCGAAGAGGUUAACCUACGCUCCCAGUAUCUAAAACAACAUUUCGGACCAAGUGUUCAAUUAAAAAAAAAAUGCUAUUUAGGAGAGGAUAUGUAACUAGCCAACCAACAUAGCACUGUAGCCGUGUCUUGAGCUUUCCAGGUCCGGUGUACCUUCGACGUUUCCUGAUUUCACGAAAGGUGUUAGCCAGCUUGCCACAGUACCUGGAACUGCUGCAUCCAUCUCAAAUAGCUCACUAAGGUUUCCUAGCUAGCCAGCCAAUUGUCGAACAUGGAUAUUUUGUGGGUCCUUUGGAAAACCACUUGCUAGUGAGGAAAGUGUGUUCAUUACACAAAUUCUUUAAGUUAUAAAAAACAAUUUCAACAUGUCUGUUCGCGUAGUUGUACACUCACCCAGUGGCUCCAGAAGUUUUCUGGAGCGGGGACUCCUACUUCUGGUGAUGUUGAUCUUUCUGGAGGGCACCGUACUGACGCUUGGAGCUGCCAGCUCACCGGACAUCAGCGCGCAUGACAACACUGGAGGACACGACCACCUCGCCGACCACCGAGGGAUAGCAGGCAGCCACGAGCAUACUAACUACACAUACACAAAAAAGGCCUUCCCUGUCCUGUCUCUAGAUUACCAUCACAUACAGGUGCCUUUCGAGAUCUCAUUAUGGGUGCUGCUGGCCUCUUUAAUGAAAUUAGGGUUCCACCUGAUCCCGCGGCUGUCCAGCAUCGUGCCCGAGUCCUGUCUGCUGAUUGUGGUGGGCCUCUUGGUCGGUGGCCUCAUCAAGCUGGCGGGCGAGGAGGUACCACCCGUGCUGGACUCCAACCUCUUCUUCCUGUGCCUCCUCCCCCCGAUCAUCCUGGAUGCGGGCUACUUCCUGCCCAUCCGGCCCUUCAUGGAGAACAUCGGCACCAUCCUGAUGUUCGCCGUGGUCGGCACCCUGUGGAACGCCUUCUUCGUAGGGGGUCUCCUCUACGCCGUGUGCCAGAUCGAGGGCACAUACCUGAGCCAGGUGGAGCUGCUGCCCUGCCUGCUGUUCGGGAGCAUCAUCUCGGCCGUGGACCCGGUGGCCGUGCUGGCUGUGUUUGAGGAGAUCCACAUCAACGAGCUGCUGCACAUUCUGGUAUUCGGAGAGUCGCUGCUCAAUGAUGCCGUCACUGUGGUCUUAUACCACCUGUUUGAGGAGUACUCUGGUGCAGGUGAGGUAACGCCGAUGGACGUGGUCCUCGGGGUCAUCUGCUUCCUGAUUGUGUCGCUGGGUGGCAUCGCCGUGGGCGCCAUCUACGGUAUCCUGGCGGCCUUCACCUCCCGGUUCACCUCGCACACCCGCGUCAUCGAGCCCCUCUUCAUGUUCGUUUACAGCUACAUGGCUUACCUCUCGGCCGAGAUGUUCCACCUGUCUGGAAUUAUGGCGCUGAUUGCGUGUGGCGCGGUGAUGCGUCCCUACGUGGAGGCCAACAUAUCCCACAAGUCCCACACCACCGUCAAGUACUUCCUGAAGAUGUGGAGCAGUGUGAGCGAGACCCUCAUCUUCAUCUUCCUGGGCGUGGCCACGGUGGCCGGGCCGCACGCCUGGAACUGGACCUUUGUCUCCGUCACCGUCAUCCUUUGUCUGGUGUCACGUGUCAUUGGCGUGGUGGGCCUUACCUUUAUCAUCAACAAGUUCCGCAUCGUCAAGCUGACCACCAAGGACCAGUUCAUUGUGGCCUACGGUGGCCUGCGAGGGGCCAUUGCCUUCUCCCUGGGCUACCUGCUAGACAAGGACCUCUUCCCCAUGAGGACCAUGUUCCUCACCGCCAUCAUCACCGAAAUCUUCUUCACCGUGUUUGUACAGGGCAUGACUAUCAAACCCCUGGUGGACCUGUUGGCCGUGAAGAAGAAGCAGGAGGCCAAGCGCUCCAUCAAUGAGGAGAUCCACACCCAGUUCCUGGACCACCUGCUGACUGGCAUUGAGGACAUCUGUGGACACUACGGCCAUCACCACUGGAAAGACAAGCUCAACCGCUUCAACAAGAAGUACAUAAAGAAGUGCCUGAUAGCGGGCGAACGCUACAAGGAGCCGCAGCUCAUCGCCUUCUACCACAAGAUGGAGUUCAAGCAGGCCAUCGAGCUGGUGGAGAGCGGCGGGGGCGUCAAGCUGCCCUCCGCCGUGCCCUCGCAGGUCUCCAUGCAGAACAUCCAGCCCAAGAAGCUGCCGCCCCCUGUAGCAGAGCGGGCCCUGCCUCAGUUCACCAAGGGCCGUGAGGAGGAGAUCAGGAAGAUCCUCAGGAGUAACCUGCAGAAGACCCGCCAGAGGCUGCGCUCCUACAACAGACACACUCUGGUGGCCGAUCCGUUCGAGGACGGAUGGAACGACUUCAUCCUGAAGAAGCAGAGGUUGAUCGAGCUAGAGAAGAAGAUGACAGAGAUGAGUAACUACCUCACAGUCCCUGGCGCAAUUCCUGACUCCCCCACCAUGUGCAGAGCCAGACUGGCCUCAGACCCCAACGCCUUCUACAACAUCAAGGCGUCUUCAGACGGCGUCCCCACCAUCCAGGUGGACCUGGCCUCCCCCCAGUCCCCGGACUCUGUCAACAUGCUGAACGAGUUCUCCAAGGAGGGUCUCACGGGCCAGGGCCUGGGUCAGAGGGAGAGUGCCACGGGCCAGGGCCUGGGUCAGAGGGAGGGUGCCACGGGCCAGGGCCUGGGUCAGAGGGAGGGUGCCACGGGCCUGGGCCUGGGUCAGAGGGAGAGUGCCACGGGCCUGGGCCUGGGUCAGAGGGAGGGGGCCGACCGGGAUGAGGACCAAGGCCUGAUGAUGAAGCCGGCCGGGAAAGGGGAGAAGGGAGAGGAAGAGGGGGGCAACAAGAACCCAGGGCUGAUGAGGUGUCUGAGUGACCCAGGACCCAGUAAUGAGGACGAGGAGGAUGAACCAUUCCUUCCCUAAAAAAAACAACUAGCUCCUCCCAUUGUGAGGAAUAGUGAGGGGCCUGGUUGUAGCAGCUCCUCCCCAUGAGCGGGGCACUACAGGGGAAAGGUCCACCUCCUCUCACUCCACCACCACCUCAUUUGAGUUUGCUAUCCCAUUGGUUGAGGAACAAAUAAAGCCAAAACUGUUAAGAAAGGACUUGGGACAUAAAUCAAGUUAUGAACCAAAAGAGAAAAGGAUACUAAAUAGCCAUCUUUUUUCAAUAGUUGUCAUUGCUCUAUUUUCAUUGUUUAAGUGAUAGGAAGGCAGUCGCCACCUUGGGUGAUCUUGGGCUUGGUGGGGAUUAUCCCGAGAGACGGGGGAACAUAAUUGGCGUUACCAAAGGGCUGGACUGGUUUAGUCACAGACAAUGUUCCACAUUUUGUCUUCAUAACGUUUUCGAUCGUUCUUCUACUUUCAAGAAAAGUUAGCCUCAUUUUUCUUGUUGUCAGACAGAGUAAACCCCUUUUCAUUAGGUGCAUUGUAUCACACAAUUAACCUCUUAAACUGCAUGAUUUUAAUUUCAGGGUUAAUAUGAGGCUGUUGUUUAUGUGGUUGUCUUUUGUCAUCGUUUGUCCUUCAGUUGGUCAGGGUUCUACGUGGUGUACUCUGUGCUGUACACUGGAUGUACUUCCCACUGGAUGUAAUGUUUUCACUGUGCUAAACUCGACAGAUCUCUUAUUCACCACCUCGCCUAUGGAGACCCCAAGGCUAAGGAAUGUGUCAAGCGCCAGACUUGGAGAUGUUGCAUCGCCGUUUAAAGCGUGGCCGCUCUAUUUUAAUCGAACACACAAAAUUGGCAGCAUCGCUGAGAUGUGUAUGCUGUGCAGUUGAAGAUCAUUUACAUAAAAGAAGGAUUGUGAUGCAAUAGCAAGAGAUUUGUUGAUCUUGAAUGGACUUAACUCCCCUAUAUAAGCCAAUCCCUAAAAUCACACCAAAUACUGUUAUACUCCUGACACCCAGCCCAAAAAACUGUUUUGAGUUCAAAUAAUUUACAAAGACAAAUUUGUAUGUGCACUGUAGUGGACAUAAAGAAAAAGUUGAUAGUAAAUAUGAAAAAUGUAUAUUACAGUAAAUGGGUACAGUAGGUAAACAUAGUUGUCACAUCCUGAUGUCUACUACAGAGGGCAUUUAUAAACAAACUCUUAUUUAGCUCGUAUUGAAUUUGGGGGAAAAAAUGGUUACAUUGCUCUGAAAACCAUUCAUAUUCUUUAAGAUAUUUACUAGAAGUAAUUUUGAAUUCAAACUCACAAAAAUUACAAUUACACAAAUACAUACACUUACCUUCUUACCACAGCAUAUGCUAAUUGUGUUGGCAGCCAUUUUGAAAAUCCAGGAAGAGAACGUUAUCUAGGCCACACCCCCACUCAUGUGAUAUCAUUGGAUAAACCCAGAAUGUCCUACAACAGGACUUAACACAGUGGCAUGUCAAAGAGAGUGGACAAAAAUGAAUUGUUGGGUCUCAGGAGGAUAUGUUACAAGUUCCCUUUAAGAAAAGGCUCUAGUAUGGGCCAUUUCAGAACCAUUUUCUCCAUAUUCUCUAGUCGGUAGUCGCAUCUUACAAUUCAUGUUGCAUCUUAUGGCUCUGAUCUAUUGUUCUUUUCUCUCUUUGCACCUUAUUCACAUAAAGUAUUUUAGACAUUUUUAAAAGACCCCGUUGCCGGUUUAACAUUCCUCAUUUGGUUUUUAGCGCUCCCCUUUUGAAAAUGUAGUGUUCCCAUAGCCAUUUUGGAGUUUUAGGCAUCACUGUAAAGGAUAUGAGGUGUGGGUGGACUGAACAGAUCUUUUGUCGUCUAACCACCUCAAUGGCCCAGAAUAUACAUUUACGCAUCCACCAUCACAGGUAUGUUGACUUUGUCAAUCCACAACAGACACAAUCAUGACACGCGGGUUAAAAUAUCAAAACCAACGACGUUAAUUUGGGGCAGGUCGAAACACACAUGAAACAUUCAUAGACAUGUAGCCAGCUAGCUUUUGCUAGCUAGUUUAUCCUAGGAGAUGGACAUUGGGUUGUUAUUAUACCUGACAUGCAUACGGUCCGAUUACUAGCUGGUUCAUGGUAGAGUUUUGAUCCGGAGUCAUACAAAAUCGUGCUUCUCUACUCCGAUUAAUCCACAGGUAAAAAGGGAAACCUAGUUAGUUUUUUAGUUCGUUAUCUCUAGUUAAUCGCUCCUCGUUUUGUCUUUCAAGCUAUCGCGUGGGUUUGUGUCUUCCUGAUAUCCAAUAAGGAGGGGACUUGCAGUGCGACCAAUGGAACCAAGUUCCAUUUUAGCGCUUGGCUACGCAGACGCUUGGCCACAUACGCGAGCACCGAAUGCCCGACGAGGUUUGCACGUUAUUUAAAAUGCUGGCCUGGAGAUACAGGCAUGGGUAGAAGUAGCAGUUCAAUGCAGUAUAUUGGUGUGAAAUGUGUAUAGCGAUAUAUUGAUUAUAACCAUUUAAUUGAACAAUGCACUUUAAAGCAUAUGCCAUGAUGUGAUCUUGUCAAUGCAAAGAAAGAGGUCAUCACGGGCUAGCUAGUUGUAAGCAAAUUCACAUCUGAACGCAAGAGCCAACACCUAUUCUGCUCGCACAACAGCAUAAGGCUAAUCUAGGGUUUGUAUAAAACUAUGAAAACCUUGUCAUGUACAGUAUAUGGUUGUAUAGUUAUUAUGUAUACAGUGCAUUGCUUCUCUUUUCUACACCAAGCCUUAGGAUCAAUGGGAACAAUUUAAUAAUUGAUUUUGAUUUGAAAAGUUUGGUUAGCUAUCUGAACAUCUCAACGGGACAUUCAACCACUUUUAGGUGCAAAGUAAAUUGCACCUAACAUUGAUUCAAUAGCGUAGCAACCCCUCAUCCAACCUACUGUAUAACCAUCUUAGAUUUGUAACAUGAGUGACAACUUUAGCUGGAGUCUGUAACUGUCUCAACUAGAGAAGCCUAAGAUGUCCUAGAUCGUGGCCUAGUUUGCUGGCUGUCACCUUGGUGUUAGAAUGACCCUUGUCCCUCUCUGACCUCUGUGUGCUAUCACUUUAUGCCCAGAGAGUGAGAGAGGGGUCUCCUUACAGCUUAGGAGAGAGAGAGGUCUCCUUACAGUUUAGGGGAGGAGAGAGAGAGAAAGGUCUCCUUACAGUUUAGGGGAGGAGAGAGAGAGUAAGGUCUCCUUACAGCUUAGAGGAGGAGAGAGAGAGGUCUCCUUACAGCUUAGAGGAGGAGGGAGGAGAGAGAGGGGUCUCUUUACAGCUCAGGGGAGGAGAGAGGAGAGAGAGAGGUCUCCUUACAGCUUAGAGGAGGAGGAAGGAGAGAGAGAGGCCUCCUUACAGCUUAGAGGAGGAGGGAGGAGCGAGAGAGAGGCCUCCUUACAGCUUAGAGGAGGAGGAAGGAGAGAGAGGCCUCCUUACAGCUUAGAG